GCUUCUCUCUUCAUGGCCAAGGUUCAUCCUAACGCGGCUCACGGGCCACUGGAGAUGGCAGUCGUCAGGGAGGAAGACGGCGGUGGGGCAGCGGCGGUGUUGACGGUGUGGCAAAAGUCGUUGUUGUUCGGUUGUAGUGGGUUCACGGUCUUCGAUGGACAAGGCAAUUUAGCCUUCCGGGUAGACGUCUACGGAGGAGACGCCGCCGCUGGGGCACUUGUGCUCAUGGAUUCUUCCGGCACGCCUUUGCUCACUCUCCGGCGAAAGAAGCUAAGUCUAGGGGAGACGUGGAUGAUAUUUAACGGCGAGGACGCCGCCGACCCUGUUUACUCCGUCAAGCGGCACGUGAGCCUCCGCCAGGGGAAGGCGAUCGCGCACGUGACCCCCCGCCGGCGUGGGGGAGCCGGCGGCGGGUACGAGAUCGAGGGAUCGUACGCGCGACGGAACUGUAAAGUGUACGACGAGGGGCGACGAGUCGUGGCGGAGGUACGGCGGAAGGAGACGGUCGGCGGCGUGGCCUUGGGCGAGGACGUCUUCCGCCUGGUCGUGGAGUUGGAUUUCGACGCGUGCCUGGCGAUGGCCGUCGUGAUCGUGCUGGAUCAGAUGUUUGGGCGAUGAUGAUCACGAGGAUUGACGGUUGAGAUUUGAAGAUGUUGUCUGCUGCCGGCCUUUCGGUUUAACCGUGGUUUUGUGUUUUAGUUAAUUAAACCAUGGGUCAGCCGAUGGAGCAAAAUGGGAGCUGGCCUCUAUAAUAAUCAAAUAUGCCAUAUUUUCAUCCAUACCUCUAACUUUAUAAAAACCCACU